AGAAGCAAUAAAACUGGCCUUCUUUAGACUAGUUGAGUAUCUGGAGCAUCAGCAUUUGUAAUUACAAAUUACAAACUUCAGAAGCUUUUUCAAACCUCCAAUACAAGUUUUACAUUUCCUAACACUAAAUGCUUUGGUGGUGUUUUUGUGUGCCGUGAUACUCUGAGGAGGGGGAGUGUAUGUUUGUCACUCAGGUAUAAAUAGAGAGGCAGAGCUCAGAGUUUGUCAGAAGGCUGACCUGACAGAGUCACACACAGGACUAAGCAAGAGCAGGACCUCAGUAUUUUGAACCUUUAUUACAAAUGGAGGAACACGAAGAUGCUCAGAACUGUUUUCCAGAACAUAACUCUUCUUGCAGAAAGGUUUUGCUAUCAACAUCGAUUUACAUAACACUGUACAUAUUCUUCUUAUCAAUUGGAGCGGUUACAGUCUUUUUGAACAUAUUGGUGGUCAUCUCUAUCUUUCACUUCAAGCAGCUCCACACUCCAACCAAUCUGCUCAUCCUUUCUCUGGCUGUGGCAGAUCUCCUGGUGGGACUGAUUGUGAUACCAGUAGGGACCGUAGCAAUAAUGGAAUCAUGUUGGUUUUUGGGGAAAUAUUUCUGUGUGUUUUAUGUCUACAUCAGUUAUUUCAUUCUAUCCUUAUCUCUCGGCAAUUUGGUAUUGAUAUCUAUUGACCGCUAUGUUGAUGGUGGGGGUUCCCUUAUUUUACCACUCUUUCUGCCAUUUGUUAAUUCCUUAAUUAAUCCAAUAAUUUAUGCUUUCUUUUAUCCAUGGUUCAAAAAACAGGACAUGUUUGUCCUCUACAAAUAG